AUGUCUUUUGGUACAGCGAUAUUUUUUCCACACCAACCACGGAACGAAAAGCCCCGCCGGUUCGCUUUAACAGCGCUUGGCGCUGGUGCGGGAAGCCGCCCACACGCGCGCCGCGAGGCAAAAGAUCCCGCCGGCGAGGGGAAAGAAAAUUUUUUUUCACGACCCAAAAGCCACAGCCCACACCCUCUUUUUUAUCCUUUGCAAACAAUUCCAGUUUUCCAAAGAAACAGCCCGUCCCGGGCGGGAGUGCCAGUCUCACGGCCCAGCUUGUGGGAGAAGGACUGGGGGUGGCGGCCGCCAAGCGCUUGUCAGAAGAGGUGCGGGGAGGGGGGCGUUUGGCUCACACAGGCCGAAGGCCGGGCGAACAGAAAGCCCCCGAGAUUCCUGGCGCGCGGUUGCCGGAAAGGGGAAGGGGGAACGGCAGGAGUCAAACUUUAA